AUGACUCACUUUAUGACGUCACUCUAAUGCGACUACCAUCGAUACACUGAAUCGCAAGUGCGUAGUUUCAACGAGCGGUGGCGAAAGGACAAAUAUUCUUAGCUUUGCUUAAACUUUAUAUUUAAUCUUUUAUAUUUACGUCUCAAAGUCAUAGUCUUUUAUUCACCGAAAAAACAAUCAGUUUAGGAAAUUUAGAACAAACUUGGUGUUGGAUCAGUAGAUCUCGAGAACACGGAAAUGUUUGCUGUAACUGCGUCACUCCGCUCAACUUUGCUGUUUGUAGGUGUCUUCAUGUUUGUAUCCGCAGACCAGAAUGACAUAACAGCUAAAGCUGGACAGGACGUCAUUCUGCCAUGUCAAGCUCCAAACAACAACAUCAUCUUAGGUGUAGAGUGGAGCAGAGCUGACCUUGGAAAUAAAUAUCUUCUUUUUUAUCGGGAUGGGCGACUUGAUCCAGACAACCAGCAUCCAUCUUUUAAGAACAGGGUGGAUCUUCGGGACACACAGAUGAAGGAUGGAGACGUGUCUUUGAUUCUGAAGAAUGUGACAACUAAUGACACUGGAACAUACGAGUGUCGUGUUUCCCAGGAAGGAACUAACCGGAAUAAGAGAGCCAUUUUAGAUGGUAAACCCAUCAGCAGCAUCACCCUGAGUGUUGUUGAUCCUUCAGGUCAGACAGGAGGAGACACAGAGGAUGGAUCUGUUGGACUGAUCGUUGGUCUGUCAGUUUCUGCUGUGCUUCUUGUUGCUGCUGUUGUUGGUUUUCUGAUCUACAGAAAGCUUAAACAAAAUCCAAAUCAGAAAUCAUACCAGCCUCCUGCUGAACUGCAACCUGUUGCGAAUGGCUGAGAGUUUUGUGCAUGAUGAUGCUGGGUAACAAAUUCCUACAUCUCUGAGGCAAAUGGAAGUAAAACAAUAUCGCCUUAAGGCGACUGUUGUCGUGAUUUGAAACUGUAUAAAUAAAAUUGAAAAGUGGUUUGAUAAAUAAGCUAUGGUCAGGUUGAAAUAACAGGGGGGUUGAUAUGCUCACUGUUCCUCAAGUAAGAAAAAAAAUCAAGUUCAGAGACUAUCAAGGAGAAGCAAAUCUCUCAGCCCAACAGAAAACAAACGGGUAUAAAAAUGUCAGUAUAACUGUGAUAUUAAAAUGCAACUUAAAAAAGAAAAAGUUAUCCAGUGUCUGUGGUAUAAAUAGAUAUUAGAGUGUGAGUGAUCUUGCAAGAAUUCAAGUCAUUUUUUAAAAAAAACAAUAAAAUUAUAAUUUUACAGAAGAUACUACUUUUAAGAAAAUAUUCAGAAAAGUUCAGUUCUUCGCAUGUUCUGUUAGCAUUUGGGGUUCUUAAUGUGCAUUGCUAUAUAUUUCCUUCCAACUCUGAGUGUUUUUUUUUUCUCAUGAUGUAUUAUACACUUGUAAAUUGUUAUUAUUAGCAGUAAUGUUACUUUUGUUACUUUUUGCUGAGGCAGGUCUGAAUCUGUUUGUACAGAAUUAUAAAUGUUGGAUUAGUGUUUGUGAAUGAGGGCCUGUCAGUACAUCUGUUUCCAGGUUAGUUAUUCAUUUAUUCAGGGGAAUGACCAAGUGGAACAUUGAGGGAUUCAUAUAACUGUCUUUUUCCACAAAAGAAAUUGUAUUCUUCUCAAGCAAAGCUAUCUUCCACUGAUGUCAGCAAAUAACUUCCUUUGUUUCCCUUCAGUAUUCAUGAAUUCCUCCAUGUUACAUAAUUAGAGUCAAUGAGUGUUUUAUCUUCAGGUUCAGCUGUUUGUAAGAUCAAAUUUGUUCUGUGAGGUUUGAACAACACAAAUUAAUCCUCAUGUAGAGAUCAGCUGUUACAGUAUAAUUACAGACACUGACUGAACCCACUGACAACACAAACACUGUAUAUCACGAUAAACAGAUGAAUUACUGUGGAUUAUAGAUCAUCAAUAAUCUCUCAGGUAGUGUUCAGGAUCUAUUUGGCUGCUAUAACCAAGUGACUGAAUCUUAUGAUGGAAAGUAUAAUAAAACCUAAUCUAGAAUUAACAUCUGAACAGUCAGACGUUUCCCACUUUGAUCUCUGAAGCUUUACUGAACUCUUCCUUCCAUGAAGGAAACUCUUCAGUCUGUUCUCUUGUUUAAUGUUAGUGUGUUUGUUGAUAAUAAAAUUUUACACAACUGUAAAUGUUUGA